AUGGCCAUCUCGAACAUCAGAGUUUACACUCGACUUUCACCAAACUCAAUGACAGUCUUGCCAGGCAACGAACGGAGGCGUGUUGACUCGCCAAUUGAGAAUCAGUCCGCCUUCGUACCGGUACAGAAAUCACUUCCACGGGAUAGCUUCUCGAUCAGUUCACCACAACAAACGCCAGUUGGCUUUCUACCACAAACGGAAAGAGACUGUGAGAGACUUGACGAAUGGGUAGCAAAGCUAGACGGAUCUACGGUUCGAAGGCUUCUGAAAGAGGCUGCCAUCUUGUAUUCGGACAUGUACACAUCAGUCUGGACAGAGAAACGUCUAGUAGAACUGGCCGAACAAGAUGCAAAAAGUCGUGUGAUGAGAGAAGAGCAAAUCAAAGUUCUCGAUCUCUCGAAACAAGUCCAAGGAGCCGAACGUACAAUCAACCACAGGUUUACGGGCUUACGCGCUUCCAAACAAUAUGCACUGGCAGGAGAGGCUGAAGGCUAUGUGCAACACGACAUUAACAAGAUCUGCGGACAGGUUCGUCCGGAAAGCACACAACAGAACAAAGUCAAAGCUGUACUGGCAUUGUGUCGUAUCGGAUCUAUCGUAGCGAAUGGAGAAGGUGUCAUUGGCGAAGAAAUCAGAAAGAGUAUGGGGCAAGAAUCUGGAUUCAUGGGUGACCUCUGGAAGCUCGUCGGAUACAUGAACGACUCUGACAAGCUAUACUUGGGCCAACGCGAAGACCUCAUGAGGACUGUGGAGCGCUUUGACAGCGAUAGUCAGAGCGCUUGUAUCUUCGAAGGAUCUGAAAAGAUUGUAUCGUGCUUCAAGCGAGCCGCUGGCGAUCUUGAAGACUCGGAAGACGAUUACGACGAAGAUUACUACAGUCUUGACAAGUAUGGAAAUCGCCGAGACCGAUCAGACUGGAGGUGA